GCGCCGCCCCUCGCCACACUUAACCCUGUGUAUCCCGGGACAGCUUGACGUCACGAGCACGACGUCAUCAACGCUAGCCGAGACAGCCGGAGCAACGAAAAGCAGCGACGACACCGACUUGUUGCGGGGAGCACGGCGAGUGCGGGGGAGGGAGCGGUGACAUACGGGCAGUCGGAUCGGAGUAUCCCCGGGCAUUAAAAAUGGCUGCAAAAGACUCAGGGGAGCAGAAUCCUGCUUGCAAAAUUAUGACUUUCCGACCCACUAUGGAAGAAUUCCGAGAUUUCAACAAAUAUCUGGUAUACAUGGAGUCUAAAGGUGCUCACCGAUCUGGGUUGGCAAAGGUGAUACCACCAAAGGAAUGGAAACCCAAGAAGCAUUAUGACGACAUAGAUGAUCUUGUCAUUCCUGCUCCAAUCCAGCAGAUGGUCACUGGCCAGUCAGGCCUCUUCACUCAGUAUAAUAUCCAGAAGAAACCAAUGACUGUAAAAGAGUUCCGAAGAAUGGCAAAUAGUGACAAGUACUGCACCCCAAGAUACUUAGACUAUGAAGAUCUGGAACGUAAAUACUGGAAAAAUUUAACUUUUGUGGCGCCAAUUUAUGGAGCAGAUGUCAAUGGAAGCCUGUAUGAUGAAGAUAUAAAUGAAUGGAAAAUUUCCCGCUUAAAUACCAUCUUGGAUGUUGUAGAAGAGGAAUGUGGCAUCUCUAUUGAAGGUGUAAAUACUCCUUAUCUCUACUUUGGCAUGUGGAAAACCACAUUUGCAUGGCAUACGGAAGAUAUGGAUCUUUACAGCAUUAACUACCUCCACUUUGGGGAGCCAAAAUCAUGGUAUUCCAUACCACCAGAACAUGGGAAAAGACUGGAAAGACUGGCUCAAGGUUUUUUCCCCAGCAGCUGUCAAGGAUGUGAAGCAUUUCUUCGGCAUAAAAUGACACUCAUAUCGCCAUCAAUACUAAAGAAAUAUGGAAUUCCUUUUGACAAGGUUACACAAGAAGCUGGUGAAUUUAUGAUCACUUUCCCAUAUGGGUAUCAUGCCGGUUUCAAUCAUGGCUUCAACUGUGCCGAAUCAACAAAUUUUGCUUCAGUCAGAUGGAUUGAUUACGGAAAAAUGGCCAAGCUGUGUUCAUGCAGUAGUGACAUGGUAAAAAUAUCAAUGGAUAUCUUCGUGAAGAUGUUUCAGCCAGACCGGUAUGACAUCUGGAAACAAGGGAAGGACAUCUACACUCUUGACCACACAAAGCCUACAAUGGAUACUAAUCCAUUACUAAGGACCUGGAUGAAUAAAAGGAGAAGGAAAAUAAAGAAUGCUUUGAAAGGUAUCUUCCAUUACAGCCUUCAGCGUACCACAUCUCGUUCUAAGAGGCUUAAAACUCGGGAGGACAAGGAAGUAUCAACCAUGGUAGUCGGGGCAGAAAUCGUAGCUACUGAAGCUGCUACAGAUGGUUUCAAGGUCAAUGAAAAACCCACAGAAAAUGCAGAGCAAAUAAACAAAGAGGAGCCUUUGGGGGAUGUGAAGAACAUUAGAGAAGUGCAUCUAGAUCACAGCUUAUUGAAUAAUAUCCAAGCCUCAGGUUCACCUCCUGCUAUUCCUUUGGAACAAGAUAUGAAGCCAGAAGACGAGGGUAAUCAUGACCUCAGUUUGGCUGCUUCAGGCCUUACAGAACUAUGCACCUUUUUUGCCCCAUCUGCUGAUUUAAAGAUAGAAGAUGGCACAAAUUCAGUAGAGGAAAUGGACCAAAAACCACCUGUGCAAGAAAUCCAAACAUGUGAAGCUUCUGAAGCUGAUCGCAUCGAAAAGGAGGAGACGAGCAGCAUCACCAGUGAUGAAGAGGAUGAUGCCAGUGACCUUGAGAUAGCUGAAUGUGGCCUGGAACCUGGAGAAGUUGCUUCCAUGUUAAAUGAUGGGAAACGGGGCUCCGAAAAGCCUAAUCUAUGUAACACAACUUGGGCUGAAAAUAAUGAGAAAAGGCCACAAAGAACAAAGAGCUGGCGACUUCCCCUGGGUAAACCUCCUUCUAGAUCUCCUAUGACAGUAGUUAAACAUCAAGCAAGUGAUGAAGAAUUUUCAGAAUGUGCUGGCGAAACAACUGAAGAAGCUGAUUAUUGGGCUAAACCUCUUUUUCAUCUCUGGCAAACCAAGGUGCAAAAUUUUGCAGCUGAAAGAGAGUUUAAUGAGUCUGUCUCCAAAAUCAAGCCAUACUGUGCUAUCUGCACUCUCUUUUUGCCUUACUACAAGUCAGAGACCUAUAAUGAUGAUGUUCAGACUUAUUGGGACACAGUUUCAAGUGAAAUUCCUGCAUUGGAGAAAAAAACGAAGCCCUUGAUCCCAGAAAUGUGCUUCAUAUACAGUGAAGACAACACAGAAUAUUCUCCACCAAAUUCCUUUAUUGAUGAUGAUGGCAGAAGUCAGCUUAUUACCUGCACAAAGUGUUGCGUACAGGUUCAUGCGAGUUGUUAUGGUGUUCCUUCCCAUGAAAUUCAUGAUGGAUGGAUGUGUUCUCGAUGUAGAAUUGGAGUUUGGACAGCAGAAUGCUGCCUUUGCAAUUUAAGAGGAGGGGCACUAAAGCAAACUACUGAUGAUAAGUGGGCGCAUGUAAUGUGUGCGAUUGCUGUGCCAGAAGUAAGGUUUGAAAAUGUGAUGGAGAGAUCACAGAUAGACAUAAGCAGAAUUCCUCUUGAAAGGUUAAAAUUGAAAUGUGUUUUCUGCAGACAAAGGGUUAAGAAUGCUCAAGGAGCUUGCAUCCAGUGCUCAUAUGGCCGCUGUCCCACAUCCUUCCACGUCACCUGCGCCCAUGCUGCGGGGGUAGUGAUGGAACCCGAUGACUGGCCCUUUGUAGUGUACAUCACAUGCUUCAGGCACAUGAUCAAUCAGAACAUGAGGAGCAAAACAACAGUGAAGAAGCUAAGCAUUGGACAGAUUGUCAUUGCAAAACACAGGAACACAAGAUACUACAGUUGCAAGGUUGCUGAGAUCACUUCUCAGACAUUCUAUGAAGUUGAAUUUGAUGAUGGCUCUAUUAGUAAAGAUACAUUCCCUGAAGAUAUAGUUAGCAGAGACUGCCUUAAAUUAGGGCCACCUGCAGAAGGAGAGCAUGUGCAAGUGAAAUGGCCCGAUGGCUUACUUUAUGGAGCAAAAUAUCUUGGAUACAACAUAGUGCAUAUGUACCGGGUUGAAUUUGAAGAUGGUUCACAGAUUGUUACAAAAAGAGAAGAUAUUUACACAUUGGAUGAAGAGCUUCCUAAAAAGAUUAAGUCUCGCUAUUCCAGAGCAUCAGAUAUGAAAUUUGAAGAUGCUUUUUAUGGGGAAGAAGUCAUUCGUGGUGAGAGGAAAAGGCAGAGAGUUCUCAAUGUGAAGUUCAAGAACGAAUAUGUCGAUGACCCAGGAUAUCGUACAUUUCUCAAGAGUUCAUUCCAAAAAAAAUGCCACAAGGGUCAAUAUUAGGAAAAUGACUAGACAAAGUACAACAAACCCAGUAAGGGACUUGAUUUGUUACAAAAGUUGCACUGUUAAACAAGAAUGGACAUUCUCUCAUAUUGGAUCCAAGAACAUGAAAGAUAAGUAGUUUUAGUGGAAGGCACUCUUGCAAUAUUUUAAAAGGAAGGUUAAUGCAAUGGGUGCCAACUCAGAAUUUUUCACUAGCAUCACUAUAGUGGAUGCGGCACUGAACAACAACAUGCUUUCAGAAGAGGUCUAGCUAUAUGUAACUAAGGGUUACAUUUAAGCUUUCUAUGGACCCAGAA